CUUUUAACUCUGGGCGCCGCCGCCAUCUUAACUCCGGGCACAACCUCCGCUCUUUCAGCCAAUCACAACCUGCCGUUUUCCCCACGUGACCCCCCGGUAACGCCAAACCCGGAAGCGCCGCCGCCGCCGCCGCCGCCGCCAUGGACCCCGCCGCUCCCCCCCCAAAACGCCGCGGGCCCGCUCGCUUGGCCGAUCCGCGGCCUCUGUUCGAGGACACGAGCGCUACCGGGGCCUCAGCGGGCCGCGGGUUCGGGGCUCCGCCGCCGCCUUCGGCCUCGUCGGCCUCGUCAUCCUCAUCGUCCUCGGCCGCGUUCGGGCCGCCCGGGGCGUUCCUGGCCGAGCCCGUGAGCUCGCUGGCCGCGGCCUACGGGAGCAGCCUGGCCUCGCAUGUGGAGGGGAACCUGGGCCGCUGGGUGCCCGUGAGCCGCCUGAAGUAUUACUUUGCCGUGGACACCGUGUACGUGGGCAGGAAACUGCGGCUGCUCGUCUUCCCCUUCGGCCACCAGGUACUGGGAGCACUGGGAGGGACUGUUGAAACUUGCAGAUUUUCUCCGGACAGCCUGGGGCUGGUGGCGAGCUCGGCGCUGGCCUGGCUGCUGCUGGAGGUGCUGAGCGUGCUGCUGAGCCUUUACCUGGUCACCGUCAGCACCGACCUGACCCCCAUCGACCUCCUGGCCUUUGCUGGCUACAAAUACGUGGGGAUGAUCGUGGGGCUGCUGGCCGGGCUGCUGCUGGGCAGGCUCGGUUACUACGCCGCCCUGAGCUGGUGCUGCCUCAGCAUCUUCAUCUUCACGAUCCGGACGCUGAGGCUGAAGCUGCUGUCGGAGGCGGCGGCCGAGGGGGUUUUGGUGCGGGGGGCCAAGAACCAGCUGCGGAUGUACCUGACCAUGGCCAUCGCCGCUGCCCAGCCCCUCUUCAUGUACUGGCUCACCUUCCACCUGCUCAGGUGAGCCCCAAACCUGCCCAGAACUCCCAGAAAAAAUCCCAGAAUUCCCAGGAAAAAAUCCCGGAAUUUCAGCAUUUCACCCCAAAAAAAUCCCAUUUUUUGUCGCUUUUAAUAAAGGAAAUUUGAGGAGUUUUGGUGUUUUUGUGAUGAAUUUUUGGGGGUUUAUCCCAAUUUUUGGAGGUUUGGAUAUUGGGGAGAAACCCUGGAAUUGCCAAAUCCUGGAAAAAUCCCGGAAUUGCAGAGUUUGCCCCCAAAAUUCCCAUUUUUUGUCACUUUAAUAAAGGGAAUUUGGUGUUUUUGGGCUGAAUUUUUUGGGGUUUAUCCCAAUUUUUGGAGGGUUUGGAUAUUGAGGAGAAACCCCUGAACACCCUGAGACCCAGAAUUCCCAGAAAUCUCCUGGAAUUCCCAGGAAAAAUCCCAGAAUUUCAGCAUUUCCACCCAAAAAAAUCCCAUUUUUUGUCGCUUUAAUAAAGGAAAUUUGAGGAGUUUUGUGAUUAUUUUUGGGGGAUUUUUGGGGUUUAUCCCAAUUUUUGGGGGGUUUGGAUAUUGAGGAGAAACCCUGGAAUUGCCAAAUCCUGGAAAAAUCCCGGAAUUGCAGAGUUUGCCCCCAAAAAUUCCCAUUUUUUGUCACUUUAAUAAAGGAAAUUUGAGGAGUUUUGUGAUUAUUUUUGGGGGAUUUUUGGGGUUUUUCCCAAUUUUUGGAGGGUUUGGAUAUUGGGGAGAAACCCCUGAACACCCUGAGACCCAGAAUUCCCAGAAAUCUCCUGGAAUUCCCAGGAAAAAAUCCCAGAAUUUCAGCAUUUCCACCCAAAAAAAUCCCGUUUUUUGUCACUUUAACAAAGGAAAUUUGAGGAGUUUUGGUGUUUUUGUGAUGAAUUUUUUGGGGUUUAUCCCAAUUUUUGGGGGGUUUGGAUAUUGAGGAGAAACCCUGGAAUUGCCAAAUCCUGGAAAAAUCCCGGAAUUGCAGAGUUUGCCCCCAAAUUCCCAUUUUUUGUCACUUUAAUAAAGGAAAUUUGGUGUUUUUGUGCUGAUUUUUUGGGGAUUUUUGGGGUUUAUCCCAAUUUUUGGGGGGUUUGGAUAUUGGGGAGAAACCCUGGAAUUGCCAAAUCCUGGAAAAAUCCCGGAAUUGCAGAGUUUGCCCCCAAAAUUCCCAUUUUUUGUCACUUUAAUAAAGGAAAUUUGAGGA